UUCGUUUUUUUAAGACUGUACACAUCUUAUUGUAUUUAUCAAUUAAAUUUGUAUUGUAUUACUUUCGGCUCGUUCAUAAACACAGUUAUUAAGAAUACAAUAAAAUGUCCUUGUGUUGUAUAAACCUAAAGACCACCGGCAAGAUCAUCAGCUGGACUUCUCUUGUUGUCUCAUUGGCAUUCACAAUUUUGAAUUGUAUUCUAUUGCAUAAUUACAAGUCAUCAGACGAAUUAAUUUAUGGGCUAUCCGUAAUGGUGACCAUUGGAUUAUUGGAUAUCAUAUUUUCGGGGUUGCUUGUCCUGGGCACAAUUAUGGAACGUAAUUUGCUCAUUCUACCCUGGCUCAUCUUUUCUGCCAAUCUUUUGGCACUUUGCACUGUGAUAAAUCUAUACUGGGUUAUUAUUAAUAUGGCGAUAUCUCCCCAAUUUCAUGAAAUAGGAUAUUUCUUCCUUCGUCUUAUACUAAUCGGUUUUGGAGUGUACAUUACCAGCGUCAUCUACUCACUGUACAAACAAAUAAAACACUCGAACAAGCAGAAGUACUCACUGAAUCAAGGUGCAAUCCCUAUGUCCAAUCCGGCGACUAACGGUAACGCUAGCUUUGUCAAGGUUUAAGUUCAAGCAUAUUACAAUUCAGAGUUGAAUGUCGAAAGAAUGCUCGAAUGCUUAAUGUUGGCUUUUAUGUUGAAUUUAAUCAUGUUUUGUGAAAAAAAUAAAAUGUUUUAAAAAUUUGUAUCACCAUAUGGAGAUAUGGAAAUGUGUAAAAGCAG